AUGACAAAACAAGUUCUUCCACUGAUAGAGAAAAUUCCUCAAUCGAUACUCGGAUUCUUAGAAUUUUCUCCAUCUUGUUGGUCUUCUUCGUUAACGAAGACAACGCAAGCUCAUGCUCGUAUACUAAAAUCCGGAGCACAGAACGAUGGCUAUAUCUCCUCUAAACUCAUUGCUUCCUACUCGAACUAUAGUUGCUUCGACGAUGCAAAUCUCAUCUUGCAAUCGAUUCCGGAUCCCUCUGUUUACUCUUUCUCUUCUCUUAUAUACGCGUUAACUAAGGCUAAGCUUUUCUCGCAAUCGCUUGGCGUGUUUUCUCGGAUGUUCUCUCAUGGGUUGAUUCCAGAUACCCAUGUUCUUCCGAAUUUGUUCAAAGUAUGUGCUGAAUUAUCGGCUUUUAAAGCAGGUAAACAGAUUCACUGUGUAUCGUGUACUUUGGGAUUGGAUGAGGAUGCUUUUGUUCAGGGGUCUUUGUUUCAUAUGUACAUGAGGUGCGGUAGGAUGGGGGAUGCACGAAAAGUGUUCGAUAGAAUGUCUGAGAAAGAUGUUGUGACUUGCAGUGCUUUGCUCUGUGGCUAUGCAAGAAAGGGUUGCCUGGAAGACGUGGUUCGUAUCCUUUCUGAGAUGGAAAAAUCAGGUAUUGAACCGAAUAUCGUGUCUUGGAAUGGUAUUCUAAGUGGGUUUAAUCGUAGCGGGUAUCACGAGGAAGCAGUGAUAAUGUUCCAGAAGAUGCAUCAUCUGGGGUUUUUUCCUGAUGAGGUUGCAGUUUCAAGUGUUCUUCCUUCUGUUGGAGACUCAGAGAAACUGGAUAUGGGGAGGCAGAUUCAUGGAUAUGUGAUUAAACAGGGUCUGCUGAAGGAUAAAUGUGUCACUAGUGCAAUGAUCGAUAUGUACGGGAAAUCCGGUCAGGUCUAUGGAAUUAUAAAACUUUUCGAACAAGUUGAGCUGAUGGAGACCGGGGUUUGCAAUGCAUGCAUUACAGGGUUAUCACGAAACGGUCUUAUUGACAAGGCACUUGAAAUGUUUGAGUUAUUCAAGGAGCAAAAUAUAGAGCUAAAUGUCGUGUCAUGGACCUCAAUCAUAGCUGGGUGUGCACAGAAUGGGAAAGAUAUUGAAGCCUUGGAACUGUUUAGAGAAAUGCAGGUCGCUCGGGUGAAGCCAAACCGUGUAACAAUCCCUUCAAUGCUCCCAGCAUGUGGAAAUAUAGCAGCUUUGGUUCAUGGGAGAUCGGCUCAUGGCUUUGCAGUACGAGUCCACCUUUUGGAUGAUGUUCAUGUAGGGAGCGCUCUGAUUGACAUGUAUGCCAAAUGCGGAAGAAUCAACAUGUCUCAGAUGGUCUUUGAUAUGAUGCCCACGAGAAACUUAGUCUGCUGGAAUUCUUUAAUGAGUGGAUAUUCGAUGCAUGGGAAGGCCAAGGAAGUCAUGAGCAUAUUUGACUCUCUUGUGAGAACCAGGUUAAAACCCGAUUUCAUCAGCUUUACAAGUUUAUUAUCAGCAUGUAGCCAAGUAGGCUUAACAGAUGAAGGAUGGAAAUAUUUCGGCAUGAUGACAGAGGAAUAUGGGAUUAAACCAAGGUUGGAGCAUUAUUCUUGCAUGGUAAGCCUUCUUGGACGCGCGGGCAAGUUGCAAGAAGCAUAUGAUUUGAUAAAGGAGAUACCUUUUGAGCCAGACUCCUGCGUGUGGGGAGCUUUGCUAAAUUCUUGCAGACUCCAAAACAAUGUAGAUUUAGCUGAGAUCGCAGCAGAAAAGCUUUUCGAUCUAGAACCCGAGAACCCAGGGACUUACGUUCUCUUGUCCAAUAUAUACGCCGCUAAAGGCAUGUGGGCAGAAGUAGACAGUGUUAGAAACAAGAUGGAGAGUCUGGGACUGAAGAAGAACCCAGGAUGCAGCUGGAUUCAAGUGAAGAACAAAGUGUACACGCUUCUUGCUGGUGACAAGUCGCAUCCGCAGAUUGAACAAAUAACAGAGAAGAUGGAUGAGAUUAGCAAAGAGAUGAGAAAAUCGGGCCAUCGUCCGAAUUUGGAUUUUGCUCUGCAAGAUGUGGAGGAGCAAGAGAAAGAGCAGAUAUUAUUGGGACACAGCGAGAAACUAGCAGUAGUUUUCGGUCUUCUGAAUACACCAGACGGUACACCUCUUCAGGUCAUAAAGAACCUUAGGAUAUGCGGCGAUUGCCAUUCAGUCAUUAAAUUCAUAUCUGGUUACGCAGGUAGAGAGAUUUUCGUUAGAGAUACGAAUAGGUUUCAUCACUUUAAAGAUGGUAUUUGUUCUUGUGGAGAUUUCUGGUGACAUUUUU